AAUCUCUCCGAAUAAAACUAUUUCAGUCUCUGAGAUCCUCUUCCUGGUCAUCCUCCAUUUUCUAGGGUUAGGUUUUGUCCAUCGAAUUCAUAAUAUUCUUGGUGAGUCCAAUAGUGAUUGAAAAAAAAUGGCGUGGAGGAACUUCUACAACGAGAUUAGGGGCCUGAAGUUGAAGGAAUUGCCCGGUCACGUUAAGCCAUUGCUCUCGAUCGAGAGUGCGAAGAAUGCCGUCGUGAGAGGCUUGGACAACUACAACGCCAAGUACAUUCAGACCGGUUCCAUCGACCCUCUCUACCAUGUCUGCUUCGGUGGUAUGAUCUUCUCCUACCUCGUCGCUCUGCCCGAAGAACGUCGCCAUCUCGAGCACCAGCAGCACGCCAAGGAACACGGCCAUUGAUUCAUUCCUCAGCAAGGGGCGAUGGACCUUUCCUGGUGUUUAUUUCGGGGCCAUUUGUUUUUUCGAUGCUUUUUUUUCUUUUGAUAUCUUUAAAUUUUAGAAAGAAAGAUACUGUCUUCUUGGUUCGUGGCAGGCUUUAAGUGAUUAAAAUAAAAAUCUUGAUCAUAUUGAAUUACUGUAAUUUGACCGUUAAAAGAAAUGGUUGAGGGGAAAACAACUUUGUUAUUA